UUAACCGCAACUACCCACGGUAAAUUCACAUUGAAGUGCGGAUGACCCACGGCACGAAACCUGCCGAAAAUUCUCUCCACGACGUUCAUAUUGCUCUUGCUAACAGUGUCAUACCGCUAUAAAAAGGAAACCCGACUAAGCACACUUCGCCAACCAUCACUAUUCAACGCUCAAAUAACAUUUCUACUACCGCUAGUAGCUAGCUGGGCACGCACAAGCCAUGGCAAGCCGAGUUCUCACUCCCUUCCAGCUCAUUGCCACCCUAUCUGUGGCGCUGCUCGCCACAUGCCACGCCGGCGGCAUCGCCGUCUACUGGGGCCAGAACGACGGCGAGGCGUCCCUGGCCGAGACGUGCGGGUCCGGCAACUACAAGUUCGUCAUCCUCGCCUUCGUCUACAAGUUCGGCAAGGGCCAGACGCCGCAGCUGGACCUUGCCAGCCACUGCGACCCCUCGUCUGGCGGUUGCUCGGGGUUGAGUAAGGACAUCCAGUCAUGCCAGCGUCGCGGCAUCAAGGUGCUACUCUCCAUCGGCGGCGGCGACGGCAGCUACGGCCUGUCGUCCGCGGGGGACGCGCGGCAGGUGGCCGCGUACCUGUGGAACAACUACCUCGGCGGCACGUCGUCGUCCCGCCCCCUCGGCGACGCCGUCCUUGACGGCAUCGACUUCGACAUCGAGCUCGGCGGCGGCAAGUACUGGGACAGCCUCGCCAGGGAUCUCAAGAACAUGGACAAGAACAAGGGUGGCAAGGCGGUGCUGCUGAGCGCGGCGCCGCAGUGCCCGUUCCCGGAUGAGUGGGACGGCGGCGCGAUCAACACUGGUCUCUUCGACUUCGUGUGGGUGCAGUUCUACAACAACCCGCCGUGCCAGUUCAGCGCGGGCCGCGGCGCGUUCCUGGACGCAUGGAAAAAGUGGGAGUCGGUGCCGGCGGGGAAGAUCUUCCUGGGGCUUCCCGCCUCCAAGGACGCGGCCGGCACCGGUUUCGUGCCCGCCGGUGACCUCACCUCGCGCGUUCUGCCGCUCAUCAGGGGCUCGUCCAAGUACGGCGGCGUCAUGCUCUGGUCCAAGUACUACGACGACCGCACGGGCUACAGUUCGGUCAUCAAGAACCACGUGUGACACUGCGGAAGGUCGAUCGGCAAGCAUCUGUUGCAUGCGAUUGUGCAUACGUAUGCAUGGUGUUGGCAGAUCGUUCAUCUUUGUGCGUGCUCGUGUUCGUGUCUCGACGUGUUGCAGAGUUGUGAGAGAUUGUAUUCUGUAGUACAGUGACUUAUUGUACCAUGUUCGUGUUGACCUGUUGGGACGUGUUCCACAUUCAUUUGUUUGUCACAUGUAAAAAUAUAUAACACUGGUGAAUAAAA